CCCUGAACUACAAAUCCCAGCAUGCCUCAGCGCUGGGAGGGCGCAGGCGCUGUGACUGCGUGACCGUGAGGAUGGUGAAGGGGCUGUUGGAGUGAGGCGUGAGGAAGCGUUAGCUGGGCUAUCAUGUCGUUAACAGGGUUUGUGCGCUUUCUGAGACAGUCUCUGCAGCGGCUGGAGAGCGAUUUUAUACAGGCUGUAGGGUUAGACAGGAGUCUGGGUCCAGCCCUGGCAGUGAAUGGUCCCAGUCUUCUGCCUCAGCCCAACAACAGCUCUGAGCCCAGUUUUCUGGACAGCAUUUUCUGGAUGGCUGUGCCCAAGAAAAGGCGCACCAUCGAGGUCAAUCGCUGCAGAAGACGGAACCCAAAUAAAAUGAUAAAAGUCAAGACAAAUAUCGAGCCUUGUGUGCAGUGUGGAAAUCUGAAACUGAAGCACACCCUCUGCGGGUUCUGCUAUGAGAAGAUCCAGAAGGAGACGUCCUUGAUACGAAGGCAGAUCCAGAACAUGGAAGGCCGUCCUCUGAAUACACCGGCAGUGGAGACUGUGGUUCUGUAUGAGAAUGAAACUCCUGGUGAGGCAGAUCAGGGCAAAAGGAUAGUGGAGCGCAGCAGAAAGCGCCCCUCCUGGUUUAACCUGUAACUUACCCAGAGCUACUAUACAUUAGAGAGUGUUGAUUGUUUUGUACAAUAAAUAUUGAAAUGCCUAAA